UCUUUAUCCCCUAAAACCCAAUUAACUAAUAUUGACCUUUUGUUAAUCUUUUUCUCUCCUUAAAUCCCAUCUUUUUUAUUCAUUCCUAAUUAUUGAAAUUAACACUAAUCCCAUAAUAAGACAAAACCUUCCCUUAGAAUUCUCCAUCAAAUUAAGAUCCUCUCAGUUUGGUAACACAACCCAAUCAAGAACCACAAUAUAAAACCAAAACGGUGUCGUAUAGAGAAAGCAUAACAGAGAAAUGAGGUGUAAGAAACAUUUACCGGACGUUACAAGCACCGUCGGUGUUUGCGCUUCUUGCCUCCGUGAGCGCCUCCAGCCCAUCCUCGAGGCCCAAGCCCAAGCCCAACCGUCGCGUAUCUCUGUCUCUGAGAACGAUCUUUCUCCAUCGCAGCGGUCAGUUUCUCCGUUCGUAGCUCACCGGAAAUCCGAUGACCGGCGACGGGAGGUUUUGUUUCAAACUACUCCACAGAUUGAUCGGGGAUUUGGAUUUUCCGGCGGAACGGAAACGGCACCGGUAAUAGCACCGUCGAAGCGGAGGAUAAGAAGAUUCUGGAUCUUAUCGAAUUUUUUCCGUCCGAGAUCUAACAAAACGGAGAAUUCAUCAGCAGAAUCUUACGAACCGUCUUCUUCGGUUUCUCCUCCGUCGUGGAUAUCAACGAACGUCGUUCCUGCUCGUCGGAAAAACAACAACCGCGUUAGCGAUCAAAAAAGAUCUCGCCAAUUGGAUCGUGGAGCUACACCGGUGGAUAAUUUUGAAGAAAACGAUGGAUUUGAUUCAGGAUCGGAAUCUUCGCCGCGGCAGAGGAAUAAGACGACGGCGGCGGCGGUUACGGCGCGGCGGUCGAAAUUAGGUUACGCGGGAAAAAGCUUAACGAGUAUGGCGCUGUGUUUGAGUCCGUUGGUUCGGGCGAGUCCGACUCGGCAAUGGAAUAGUCAUAAGGGAAUGGCGCCGGAAUUGGGUGUGGGUGGAGUACACCAUAUUUCCAGUGCGGCUUCAUAUUGUGCCAAUAGAUCAAGGAAGCUUGUUGAUCUUGGAAGAGUUGCUAACCGUUGAUUUUACAGACCAUUGAAUUCGAUGAACGGUGGUAAUUCUUUUUUAUUUGUUUGUCUGAAUUUUUACCUUGUAUUGUACAUUAGUGUAUACUCUUUACCACGGUGGUAAAUUUUAUUUUUAUAAAGAAAUUGAAUUUGUAUAAAUAUUGUUGAUAUUGAGGUCAAUUAAUUGUAUUAUGAUAAUAAUCAAUUCUUAUAUAUUUUUA